UACCUUGCCGACCGUGACACCGACACACUCGCGCCAUUGUCUUUUUAUCCACGGAGCAGCAGCUGAUAUAUUUUGAGGACAUUCGGCGAGAGCGAAUCGCUAUUAAAAACUAAAAUGCUGUCGAGACGCAUAGUGGAAUUUAUUCCAAAGCUCUGGAAUCGUAAUUUUGGCGUUUUUGCUCCAGUAUUACAAAAGGCUAUCGAUCCGAUUCAACAAUUAUUCCUUGACAAAAUUAAAGAAUACAAGGCACUAAGCGCAACUGGUAAGAUGAAAAUUCCAGAUGAUCAGAAAGAAUUAAAGUCAGAAGUAGAGAAACUAGUUAAACAGUACGGUGGCAGCGACGGAACCGAUUUGUCCAGUUUUCCCAAAUUUAAUUUCCCAGAUCCCGUCAUUGAAGUAACUCCUUUACAACCCAGUAAAUAGAUCGUCUUGUAUGUAAUGUUUAGAGAUAUUAAAUAAAAGCAUAAAUUCAAUACUUUCUGCUAAAAUAGACAUUUGACAUUUUGAAGAUAUCGAGCAAAAUAUCUUUAACGUUCUUAAUAA